AGAUGACGUCGUCCAAACCCUACGUAGUGCACUCAUCUUACAUUAAACACGCCGUUUGGGAUAGAGCCUGUGUGUGUGUGUGUGAGCGAGUGUGUGUGAGCGAGUGUGUGUGUGUGUGUGUGAGCGAGUGUGUGUGUGUGCGUGAGUGUGUGCGCGCGCUGCGCGCGCUGGCUGGAGCUUUAAAGAGGAGUUGAGCGCUGAGGAGGAGGAACACCGCCAGACCCAGCUCCCUGACACACAGUAUCUAUUAAAAGCACUGAACCCGAGCAGCAGUGAGUGAUUAAUGGAGGUCAGUCUGCUGGAGCUGCUCAGUGUGGAGGUGAACUGCAGCCUCGCGGACGCGUUUGGAGACGCUGCGUACGGAAACGCGUCAGAGGCUCUGUACUGCAACGCCACAGCGGAUGAGAUCGGCACGUGCUGGCCGAGGAGCGGCGCGGGCAGAGUGGUGGCGCGGCCGUGUCCCGACUUCAUCAACGGGGUCAAGUACAACAGCACCAGGAGCGCGUAUAGAGAAUGCCUGGAGAACGGCACAUGGGCUUUCAAGAUCAACUACUCCAGCUGCGAGCCCAUUUUAGAGGAAAAGAGGAAGUACCCAGUCCACUACAAGAUCGCUCUCAUCAUCAACUAUUUGGGACACUGCAUAUCUGUAGGUGCUCUCGUCAUCGCCUUUGUUCUCUUCCUGUGCUUGAGGAGCAUCCGGUGUUUGAGGAAUGUAAUUCACUGGAAUUUAAUAACCACCUUCAUCCUGAGGAACAUCAUGUGGCUUCUGCUGCAACUCAUCGACCACAACAUCCACGAAAGGAACGAGCCGUGGUGUCGCCUCAUAACCACCGUCUAUAACUAUUUUGUGGUGACAAAUUUUUUCUGGAUGUUCGUGGAGGGCUGUUAUCUUCACACAGCCAUCGUUAUGACCUACUCCACCGACAAGCUCCGGAAGUGGGUUUUCCUCUUCAUCGGGUGGUGUAUUCCGUGUCCGAUCAUCAUCGCGUGGGCCGUCGGGAAGCUGUACAACGAAAACGAACAGUGCUGGUUUGGAAAAGAACCCGGAAAAUACGUGGACUACAUUUAUCAGGGUCCUGUGAUUGUUGUUCUGCUGAUAAACUUCGUGUUCCUGUUCAACAUCGUACGUAUUCUCAUGACGAAGCUGCGAGCCUCCACCACGUCAGAGACCAUACAGUACAGGAAAGCGGUGAAGGCGACGUUAGUGCUGCUUCCUCUGCUCGGCAUCACGUACAUGCUGUUCUUCGUGAAUCCGGGGGAUGAUGACAUCUCACAGAUCGUCUUUAUUUAUUUCAAUUCCUUCCUGCAGUCCUUUCAGGGUUUCUUCGUCUCAGUGUUUUACUGCUUCCUCAACGGUGAGGUACGGUCAGCAGUAAGGAAACGUUGGCACAGAUGGCAGGAUAACCACGCUCUCCGUGUUCGAGUUGCCAGGGCGAUGUCCAUCCCAACAUCACCUACACGCAUCAGCUUCCACAGCAUUAAACACACCACCGCUGUGUGACACACACACACACACACACACACACACACACACACCUCUUUGCCAUAAGUGUGCAAUACCACAGCGUAAUGUUAGCAUACAGCUCUAACAGGUAGCAAAUACACACACAUACACACACACCUGGAACAAAUAACAACUAGAAUGUACAAACAGGCACACAUACACACAAAUACACACUGUUACACAAAUACUUACACAUCUGGAACAGGUAACACACACCAUUACACAUUUGAAAUAGGUAACACACAUAUGCAGUUACACACCUGGAACAAGUAACACACACACAGACACACACAUGCAAUUACACACCUGGACCAAGUAACACACACACACACACACACACACAUACCAUUACACACCUGGAACACGUAACACACACACACACACAUACCAUUACACACCUGGAACACGUAACACACACACACACACACAUACCAUUACACACCUGGAACACGUAACACACACACAAAUACUUACACAUCUGGAACAGGUAACACACACCAUUACACAUUUGAAAUAGGUAACACACAUAUGCAGUUACACACCUGGAACAAGUAACACACACACAGACACACACAUGCAAUUACACACCUGAACCAAGUAACACACACACACACACACACACAUACCAUUACACACCUGGAACACGUAACACACACACAUACCAUUACACACCUGGAACACGUAACACACACACACACACAUACCAUUACACACCUGGAACACGUAACACACACACACACACAUACCAUUACACACCUGGAACACGUAACACACACACACACACACAUACCAUUACACACCUGGAACAGGAAACACACACCAUUACACACCUGGAACAGGAAACACACACCAUUACACACCUGGAACAGGAAACACACACCAUUACACAUCUGGAACAUGGAAAAAUCCAGGGAAUUACACACCUGGAACAGGUAAAUUGAUCACAUGGCGGUUGUGUGACUGUAUUUUUGUGGACAUUUCUGAUGAAGGACUCAGUCGUAUUUUAUCUCAUGUCAUUUUGUGCAAUUGUUAAAAUGUAUAUAAAACACACAAAACAUAAAAUUGUAAAUAUACUUUUUUUCUGAACUC